UUAAGCAAACUGAGACUCAGUUCUCCUGUGACCUACCGGUUGUCGUGGACCAUCCUCAGUACAAGCGGUUCAACUACAAGUUGUUGGAGCUAUUGGCUCCUCUGCAGAUACUGUUCCCAUCAAAAAAAGAAUACAGCCAGUUGGAAAGUAUCAGUUCGUGAUAAAACAUAUAGAUAUGCGAGCCCAACCGACACUACGUUGCCAUUUUGCUGUUGGAAUGGACGAAACGAAUCAUACCUCGAUAACCUGGAGAGGAGGAUUGUAUGAAUCGAAUCCAGAAUUGUACGAAAGCUCGGAACACAUAAACGGGGGAACUACUGUCUCUAGCUCACUGAAGAUUUUGAAGAUAG